AUGCAAAGGAAUCUCUCCCAUCGUUUCAGUGUCGUUCUCAUCCACCAUCUGCAAGCCCUAAACCUUCCCCAAUCUCCAAUUCAUCAUCGCCAAAUCAAAUUUCUACUACUUAGGGUUUUUGUGUCAGACGAGAUUUUCAAGGAUCCGGAGAAUGGCAAGUUCGACAACCAACAUUGUAUAUACCCAAGUCAUCACGUUAUCAACAAAGUCCGAGAAGAAUUCAUCAAAAAUAUGGUCCUGGCGAAAGCCUUACUUCUUACUUACGACAAUGUUUGUACCUACGUCCCCUUCCACCGACUGGCACCGCCACCAUCUUCCCCACAUCCUUUGUUGCCUUUAUCUUCUUUGCUUACAUUGAUGGGUGCUUACAGAGAGGAACCUGAUUAUACAAUGUUGUCAAACUUAAUCAGUGUUAGCUCUAAAGUUGCAAGAAUUGUGGCUGAUGCUGAUAACACAUUGUUGGACAACAUUAAGAUGUUUUUCAUCAACCUUUUCCAAUACUCUGCAGAUUGUUUACUUGGUUUCUUGUUUAUGGUGUACAAUCUCGUUGUUCAGGCACAUGGUCAUGACAAUCUUUUGCAUAGUGAUGUUGAUGUGGUUUUCAAUAAUAUCGGUGAACUAAAUUUGGUCUUCAACUUCUGUAAGGGUGCUUUUAUAAAAAGCUUAGAAUCUGGUCCUUAUGGAAAUGUCACUGGUGUUUAG